ACACUGUAUAGGCUUUAGCCUGCCAUCCAGCCAUGUUAAUUUUAAUUCGGAGGUUUUGCCAACGUUUGGACCAGUUUGGACCUUGUCGUGUGUGAUUUCGGUAGAUCUGAGCUGUACUUAAAUUUAAGUCAAUUUGGUUUCAAUUAACGGCACUUUUCUUACUGUUCAGUUGAACGCUGUACGUGACUUGACUUUAUAGGGGAAGUAAUAGCUGGGCCGGCUUGUACCGAUCGCAAGGACACAAAAGCAAGAAAGGAAUACCUCAAUGAGUUGUAUGCCAAGCACCAGCUUUUUAUGAGGAUUAUCAAUAAACUGCCAACGGAUAUUAUAUAGCGAUUUAAUUCUUCCCGAAUUUGUUUCAUCAUCCUUAACGAUGAUAAACACCGGAAAAUUAGCCGGCUGUACUAUUUUCAUCACUGGAGCUUCCAGAGGUAUAGGGAAGAGCAUAGCUUUGAAAGCCGCAAAAGAUGGAGCAAAUAUUGUUAUUGCAGCCAAAACCGCUGAACCACAUCCAAAACUUCCAGGAACGAUUUAUACUGCUGCUCAGGAAAUUGAAAAAAUUGGAGGACGCGCGCUUCCGUGCAUCGUUGACGUGCGAGAUGAAGCACAAGUCAAAUCUGCAGUGGAUAAUGCCGUGAAAAAAUUUGGAGGGAUUGAUAUUCUCGUGAAUAAUGCGAGUGCCAUUUCAUUGACAGGUACGCUGGCUACUGAUAUGAAACGGUAUGAUCUUAUGAACAGCAUCAAUGCCAGAGGAACUUUCCUUGUAUCCAAGAUGUGUUUGCCGUAUCUUCUGAAAAGCAAAAACCCUCACAUAGUUAACUUGAGUCCUCCAUUAAAUAUGAAUCCUAUGUGGUUUAGAAACCACGUUGCAUACACAAUUGCAAAGUAUGGCAUGUCAAUGUGCGUUCUUGGCAUGUCUGAAGAAUUCAAAGAAGAGGGAGUCGCAGUAAAUGCUGUGUGGCCUAAGACGACAAUUCACACUGCUGCAAUUGAGAUGCUGCAUGGUUCCAGUGCAGCUGAUUUUAGUAGAAAACCCGAAAUUAUGGCAGAUGCUGUUUAUGCUUUGAUUUGCAAAGACAGCAGAUCUAUUACCGGCAACUUCUUUGUCGAUGAAGACUUUUUAAAAAAAGAAGGCAUCACUGACUUUUCUAUAUAUGCCUGUAAUCCGGCAAACGAGCAAAAUUUAUUGCAAGAUGCUUUCUUGGACAUUGAUGCUGCAGAAAUACAUUCAAGCGGAGAUAAGCGCCAGACUGGGAAAUUAACUGAUUUAUUCAGAGCUAUUGAAGGUAGUGUAAGUGCGGAACUUGUCAGCAAGACAGGAGCAAUAUAUCAGUUUAAUGUAAAAGGAGAUGAGGCUGGCGUUUGGUUCUUAGAUUUAAAAAAUGGAAAGGGUGCUGUUGGCAAGGGAGAGCCGAAUCAACCAGCUGAUGCAAUUCUUACUAUGGAUUCACAGAACUUCUUUGCUAUGUUCUCUGGGAAAAUAAAACCUGCCACUGCAUUUAUGACGGGGAAACUAAAAAUUACGGGUAAUUUGCAGAAGGCGAUGAAAUUAGAAAAGUUGAUGAUCAACUUAAAAUCUAAGAUUUAAUUCUUGUGAAACGGACAGUUUAAAUAAAUGAGGGCAUUAACUGUUGUAUAGUGCAUUUCAUAAAUUUAUCUUUUAUUGUCAACCAUUGUCAAAUAUACAAUGUAUGAAAGCCUAAAGCAUUUUAUCAAAAAUUUAGUUAAUUUAGCAUCAAAGACAGUUCAACUGAUAAACAAUACAUUGCUACGGAAAAUUCAAGAAUUCGUAGGGACGUGCAGUUGAGGAACUACUCCUAUUUUUAUAUUUUAUCUACUCUUUGUAAUAUAUGUAAAUUAUGUGUAUGUAAGUUUUUUACUGUAUGUAAUAUAUGUAAAUAUGUAUUAAUGUGGUGCCACAAUAAUGAAUUUUUACGGAUUGG